UGGCAAUACGGAUCGAGAGACCACGUCUACAAGCCCGGAGAAAGGGGCUGCUGUGCAUAUGAAUCCGAAGAUUUGAACCAACUAGCGUAAUGAAAUAGAAAUUAGACAAAGAGAAAUUUCGCAAGGAAUGUUUAUCUUCAUACUGCGUUCUGUCGAUGCAACUUUUUAAGCGCUUAGUACAUAAAACAGCAUGAUUUUAUGACUAUAGAGUAGGCUAUCAGUCACUGCGAUGCAAUAGAAAUCUAUAGAAGUAAUUGUUUACAUUUCGAUAAACUUCAGCAUUCUCCCUUUCUCCUGGAGAAGUCAAAGUUCUCGUUGAUUUUGUACCACAAAAGUGGUAUGCGCUAGUUUUUUAAAGCGUGGUUAUGUUUUGACAGUUGCAAAAGCAGCCAAACUUAAUUAAGAUUAAUAAACGUAUUUUCAAAAAGGACUCAAGGCGACAGAAGAAUGAAUUGGAGCCCGUUAACUGAGCUGUUGCUCCUAAUAUUUGUGUGCUCGCACAGAUCGUCCUCAAAACAAGACAUGAAACCUGAGGCAUGGCUACAGCAAUAUGGUUACUUGCCACCUGGUGAUCUCCGCACACAUACGGCCCGCUCUCCUCACUCCGUCUCCUCUGCCAUUGCUGCCAUGCAGAGAUUCUACGGCCUGAAAGUCACCGGCAACCUGGAUCCUGGUACUCAAGAGGCAAUGAAGAAGCCCCGCUGCGGCGUCCCAGACAAGUUCGGAGCCGAACUGAAAAGCAACCUGAGAAAGAAGCGCUACGCAAUACAGGGACUCAAAUGGGAUAAAAAUGAGAUUACAUUCUGCAUACAGAACUACACACCAAAAGUUGGGGAAUACGAGACGUUUGAGGCGAUCAGAAAAGCCUUCAAAGUGUGGGAAAGCGUUACCCCUUUGCGAUUCCGAGAGAUCCCUUACAAUGACAUCAGAGACAAGGUUGAAAACUUUGCAGACAUUAUGCUCUUCUUCGCUGAUGGUUUCCAUGGCGACCCCAGUCCGUUUGAUGGCGAGGGAGGCUUUUUGGCUCAUGCAUACUUCCCAGGCAAUGGCAUAGGAGGAGACACACACUUUGAUGCAGCAGAGCCUUGGACCAUCGGCAACCGUGACCUUUUAGGUAAUGAUGUGUUCCUGGUGGCUGUGCAUGAAUUGGGUCACGCCCUGGGAAUGGAACAUUCAAGUGACCCCUCGGCCAUCAUGGCUCCCUUCUACCAGUGGAUGGACACUGAGAACUUUGAGCUUCCUGAAGAUGACCGUAAAGGCAUUCAGCAGCUUUAUGGACCAAACACCGGAGGCCGUCCGCGACCACCUGUCACCCCACAGACCCCCCACCACACUCCAUAUCCCACACCAUACAGGCCAGGAGGACCUAGCUUUGGUCCUGACAUCUGCGAAGGCCAUUUUGACACCAUUUCCAUUUUCAGAGGAGAAAUGUUUGUGUUUAAGGAUAAGUGGUUCUGGCGCGUUCGUAAUAAUCGGGUUAUGGAAAAUUACCCCAUGCCAAUUGGACAUUUCUGGAGAGGUCUGCCUACAAAUAUGAAUGCUGCCUACGAAAGAGAAGAUGGGAAAUUUGUCUUCUUUAAAGGGGAAAGGCAUUGGGUGUUCACUGAAUCGAACUUGGAGUCAGGUUACCCGAAGACUCUGAGAGAAAUGGGCAGUGGUCUUCCAAAGGACAAACUGGAUGCAGCCCUCCUGUACACCCCUACUGGCAACACCUACUUCUUCAGAGGAAACAAAUAUUAUCGUUACAAUGAAGACACGCAGUCAGUGGAUCCAGACUACCCCAAACCUAUGAGUAAAUGGCAAGGCGUUCCAGACAACAUAAAGGCUGCAUUCAUGAGUCGAGAUCAAAGUUAUACCUACUUCUACAAAGCCAAUAAAUACUGGAAGUUUAACAACCAGUUAUUAAGAGUGGAACCUGGAUACCCCAAGUCUGCACUUAAGGAUUGGAUGGGCUGUCCUAACGAGGACUCCAAUACAGGUGGUGGAGGUGGAGGAAGUGACCGUGAUCGAGAACGUGAACGUGAACGUGAGCGUGAGCGCGAAAGAGAACGUGAAAGGGAGCGCGAACGGGAGCGUGAACGUGACCGCACACGCGAGGAAGACAAGACUGAGGGUAAAAAGGAGGAGACCGAGGUGAUCAUAAUCGAGGUUGAAGACACACCCAGCAGUGGGGGAGGAGCAGCUGCUGUCGUGGUGCCACUCAUGUUGCUGGUCUGCGUGAUCCUUACGCUCGGAGCACUUCUCUUCUUCCGCAGGUACGGCACACCGAGACGUUUGCUCUACUGCCAACGCUCCCUACUGGACAAGGUUUAAAUGUUUAAGAGGAGAUAGUGGAAGAAAGGGAAGGGGAGGAGAGGAGAGAAUUGAGAAUAUGGAAGAAGGGGACUUACUAGCAAAGCAAAACCAAAAUGAGAAAAGCAAGUCUAAAAAAAUGGUUUUGGUCAAAAAGGGGCCCUUUGUUGUUUUCUUUAGAAAUGAUGCCACUCAGACAAAUCUCUGCAUUUUUAUAUUUUGUAAUUAGUGGUUUUGAACAUUUCGCUUUCACACCAGUGCUGAGCUCUUCCUGCAGGCUGUACAAAGGCAUACAGUACUUGUUUUUCCCCUGUGUCACUUUCACUUCAUCUCUCCCCUCUUCUCUCAAUAUCUUUCUCUUCUGGUGUAGCCAAUGACGCCAGCUCAUCGCUGUUUGUUUAGCCUUUUGUAAAUGUAAUUUUAAAGUUGUGAUUGUUGUUGUUGUAUGUCUAAUUGUGAAUUCUUACCCUCUGUCAAAAACAGCGUUUGUCUCAAUCAGAAGACUUUGUACUUCUCUCAGGUUGCGGCCAGUGCUUAUCACAUUUCCAGCAGCCUCAUGCAACCUCAAUAACAAAAACAUACUUCCAUGGUUAUUGAAUGUUACAGGGUCCACAGUGAUGAAAAACCUAAAAAAAAAAAAAAAAAAAGUUUUUUGUGAAAAAUCAUAAAAACAAAUUCAAAUAGAUUUCCAUUUUUCUAGUUAUACUUUCAUUUAAAACAAUCAGGAAUUGCUUUUUGUGAGUGUAAUUUCUGUUAAUUUUUAAAAUCCUUUAAGGAUGCAUGAACUAGGCAAGUCGGUAACUCAGGUUAAGAAACCAAAGUCAUGUGCCAUUCCAAAGAUAACUGAUACUUAUCCCACUAACAAUGCCUGCAAAGCUGUGCUGUCUGUCUGUGUCCUCCAGUAGUAUGGCUUUAUAUUGUACUGUAUUUUAAAUAAUUACUAUUAUUGAUAAUGAUGAUGUCAUUAUCAUUAUGAUUAUUACUAUUGUUAUUGUUCUCCAUGUCAAGAAUGUGUUUUUUGAUUUUAACAAUUGUCAUUAAAAAUGUCCUGCUGGACAGGCAAUAAUGUAUGUCUAAUGAAGUGGCCUUAAUUUGGGGAAAAGUGAAUGGGUGGGUUUGUAUUUUUGAACUGAAAUAAAUUUUUAAAUAUAUAAAUGAUA